CCUCCCGGCAGCAUUUCAUCGCGAGUGUCCGUGGCGGCAAGUUCGCGCGUCGAGCCCAGUGUCGUUAAGCGUCGUCGUUGUUGUCGUCGUCGCCCCUUAUCGCGCGCGCGGUUCCUCUCAACGUGCAUCGCACUCUCCGCGCCUCGCCCCGGCGUCCCUCGCUCUCUCCGUCCGCGAAGUUGCGAAUUCCCCCCCGCCCCCCUCUCCGCCCGCGGCUCCUUUCCUCCCGCGAGUGCCGCACGUACACGACGCGCGUCGCGCACGGCGAUGUCGUCCACGGUGAAGUGCACGUCGGACGAGCAGCUGAGCGAGUCCUGGGUGGAGCUGGUGCCGGACCCGCCGCUGGCGGCCCGGAUAACGCCGACGCCGUUCAGCGUCACCGGCGAACGCGAAUACCUGCGACUUCUCAGGGAAGCACAGAGGGAUUCCACACACUCGUCCGCGAGGCAUUCCCUGGCGUCCUCGCGCCGGGACACCCCGAGGGACAGUCCGAAGAGCCCGCCGAACAGCCCGAACACGGAACUCUCGACCGAAGAUGAACUCAAAGGGGUCUAUAUAAAUUAUGGCUGCAACAAGGAGGGCGAGCUUCUGGAGAAGAACACGGAUUGGAUCUACGAGUGGAGCUCUCGACCGGACCAGGCGCCUCCAAAAGACUGGAAGUUCAAACACCCGUUGGGCAGCAAGAGGAAAACGUACAGCAUCCGCACCGCGAAGGUUGGCAAGAACGGAUUGUUUUCCAAGGAGGUCAUUUACACUCUAUUCUUCACGAAUCUUUUGUCCCUGCUCAUUGGAACCGGUCUAGGCGUUUUGCUCACCAGGCGGGGCUUGAUAAUGUCCCGUGUCGCCAUUGAAUGAAGGGCACGACUCCGGGUGUGUCGGCAUCAGGAUUGUCACGGUUGAAUCUGCGCGGAGAGGAGGGCUAGAGACGCAAGAAAGACUGAACAAGCCGGUGGGCGAUCGAGCCUAAAAAAAAAACAGUUACACGCAGCACAUAAUUCGAUUGUCCCGAUUUAUAAUAUUAGCACUUUGUAUUAUAUAUUAGCACUUUUACUCCCCCCCCCCAACUCUUUACUGUACGAUGUACUUCUCAGAAAUUGCGUAUGCCAGAUAUAAAUAAUACGCAUCAUAUGCUUAGGAAGAGGGAAGGCUAAGAAAGAAGGGCGAAAGAUAGAACGGACAAAAGGAAUUUUAUUCGUAUAUAACGUAGAGUUGUUGAAAGGAACUGGAAAAUGAACGAAACAUGUCCAUUUUAUACCGUUUCUAAUGCGUUUCUAUCUGCAAUAGUUUUUAGGCAUAGCUUGAAUAGUAUUUAUCAGAAACUAAUUAUUGUUAGAACGGAAAGAAAGGAGGUGAAACUGAUAGAAAGAGAAAGAAUGUGUGUGAGAGAGAGAGGGAGAGAAAGAGAGAGUAUUUGUUGUACGGGCGUGUGUCGGUGAGGAAAGACCAGGAUUUAUCGAUGGAAAACGACCAGGAGAUUUAUCGAUAAAAACAAUCCCGAAAACGCUGCACAACUCGUCCUGUUUAUUACGAGUUAUAGGAAUCUUGUUGUAUUGCGAACGAGCGGGUUUUAACGUUGUGAUUCGUUACGGUAAUGAGGAGGAAGUGUAUGUCGCGUCCAGUAAAUUCGAAACAGAAUGCGAUUAAAUUUAUUAUUAAAUAGUAAUAUAAUAUUAAAUUAAUAUUAUAUUAAAUAAUAAGGCGAUGUCAACCCGACUAUUCCAUUUUGAUUAUCGCGCGGCGAUUGUGACGAUCGUCAUCUCGGUGGUGAUUUAAGGGGUAAUGACAGUAGAGUUCCUACGAAGGAAGUACCGAUGCUGAUGCCCACCGUCUCGACGCCGACUACAGGUAGCCGGAAGGAGGGACCACAAGAGCGAGCAGACUUGUUUGCGAACGGCGAGAAUUUUUUUUUUGAGGCGGCGCUUUUGUACGAUGUCUUAAUCUGCGGUUUUGUAAUUUCCUUGUAAUAAAUUCACAUACGAAUUCACACGCAA